AACCGAGGCCGAUCGAGGUAUGGGAGAAUGUGAUCAACCAUCUGUGGGUUGACUGGGAAGCUUUGAGUGAGUGCAGCCUCGUCUGCCGAGCGUGGUACCCUCCAAGUCGCUUCCACUUGGAUAGGUGGAUUGGAAUCUGGAGUGUCCAGGGUGUGAAGGCCUAUGUGAAGAAGCUGAAGCAGAGGCCCGAGCUGCACGCACAGUAUGAACAUAUUCGGCAAUAUUGUGAUGUCAGAUCCAUCAGCGCUGUCGGCGGCGGCGAUCAUGCUUGCUCACAAGCUGCCCCAGCUGGAAACGCUCUCAAUCCAGUGGUCAAAGUGGGAGCCAUGGACGAUGCACAGCGGCAUCUUCCUGCAGCUCCCUGCCGCCUUCUCCGUCACUCGCCUCCUUCUCAUUGAAGUCACAUUCCCGUCUAUCACUGUCUUUGGGUGCCUCGUCUGCGCCCUGCCAUGCCUGGUCGAGCUCAAAUGCUGCUAUCUGACAUUCACACAUGACUACUUCCAUGGUGAUACAUUUGGUCCAUAUUGCAAUCGCGUCAACAUCAGGUCCUUGUCAUUCGAGGAAGAUCAUCUGCCACCUGAGAAACUCAUCGACUUCCUUACUCAUCCUUGCAUCUCGAGUCGCUUGCAGAGACUCAUCAUCAAUGAUAAACGUCAACCGGCUGAUGGAAAACAAUGGAAAUAUCAGCGACUAUUGGAUGCUGCAUCUACCUCACUCUCAGAACUGCGAUUGGAUCUUAAGGACACUACUGCAGGUGUGCACUCUAGUUUCAUGUAAGCAUUCCUGCUAACCAGAGUCUGUCCAGAUCCUGUGUUGUCCUUCACUCACAACACCUC